AUGAUCUGCCCGUUUUGCAAGCACAGCUUUACUUCUGCCAGCGGUGUCACCUCGCAUCUUGAGAACGGAUCCUGUCAAAACGCCCCGUCGCUUAACCGAGAAAAGGUUUACCGGAUCGUGAACAGGAACGACCCAAGCGGAUUUAUCACGAAGAAGCAGAUCGAAUGGUAUCCUGAAGACUCCGCUCAGUACUCUGCCACCAACCAUGCCUUCAAUGGUUCUUUUUGGCAAUGCUAUAUCUGCCAUGGGGAGUUCUUCACCGUGCAUGGUCUUAACCAGCAUCUAAACUCUCCAGUCCACAAGCAGAAUCUCUACCAGUGUCCAAAUAAAGGCAAUUGUGGCAAGGAGUUUGUCACCCUGGCUGCUCUCCUCAAUCAUCUGGAGAGCGAAAGCUGUCGCUUGGUGAGGUUCGAAGCAAUGAAUCAGUGCGUCAACGAUGUCGUUCAGAUGGGAUCGUUUCUUACUUCCUGA